AGGCCUGCUACUUGUCAAAUUUGGUUCCUAUCUUUUGCUUACCAAUAAUCGGUUUUAGAUUUGUAUUUACCUUGUAACUUUUGACAUUUUGGUGGAAUUACUGAAAAAUCAUCUAAAUAAGAAUACAGAGGGAAAAUGAACCUAUUAAGAAAACCAAGGCAAAGUCACCCUGUUCUGUAUGGGAGAUCCAUGUCGGCACCCAUUGGAGAGGAACACAAGGAAGACACGGAUGGAUUACGUAAUUAUAGAUGGUAUCAUCGUGUAAGAGGAAAGCGAAAGAACUUUGGGAGACAUUUAUUUGGAAGAGGAUUUUCAGUAAAUAAGAGAAGCCAAUCCAUGCCCAGGGUUUUUCCUGAAGAACAUUCAGAGCAUCUCCCAAGUUUACCAAGAGUGGAAAACCGGUUACCCCAGCUUAACCAUGGAAUCUAUGUUGAUAAGGGGACAACAGUCUUGGGUGAGUGCCAAGUUCUAGAUGGACAAAUGAUUUCCUCUCGGGUAGGGCAAAGACGAGUUCAUUUCGAACGGUCAGUUUCUGAACCAAUCGGUCCAGGCUUAUGGAACACUUCACCCAUGCAGCACGGGCACUCAGUAGAUUCUGGACACCACGGAUUCUUUAAGAGAGGAUUUAUCACAGCCAUUUCUAAUAGUUUGUCACGGCUGAUGAAUUCGAGCCAGGAUAUUAGAGAGUCUGCUGACGAGAAUGAAGAUGUGAAAGGCCCUCCCACCCACCGGAUGUCAUGUGGCCAGUCUCCCUACACGGAGAGUACCACAUGGGAAAGAAAGUACUGCAUCCUUACAGAAAGUCAACUGGUCCUACUCAACCGUGAGGACGAGAUGUCUGGAGAAAUCGCACAGGAUCUACCUCCAGAAUCCAGCAAAAGUCGCAGCCUCAGGAGAACUGUCAGCGUCCCCUCAGAGGGCCAGUUUCCAGAAUACCCCCCAGAGGGAGCUUCCAAGCUGGAGGUGCCAGCCGAGAGAUCACCUCGGAGAAGGAGUAUCUCAGGAACUAGCGCAUCUGACAAGACCACCUCCAUGGACCCUGCUAGCACCUCUCCUUUUAAAGUAUCUGGCUUCUUUAGUAAACGUCUAAAAGGCUCAAUUAAGAGGACGAAAAGCCAAUCAAAGCUGGACCGGAACACAAGCUUUCGCCUCCCAUCUUUGCGGCCUGCCGAUAGUGACAGGUCACGUGGUUUACCUAAACUGAAAGAAUCUCGUUCCCACGAGUCUUUGCUGAGCCCAGGUAGUGCUGUGGAAGCUCUGGAUUUGGGGAGUGAAGACAAAAUCCUGGUGAAGCCUCUUCACAGUAGCAUAUUGGGACAGGACUUCUGUUUUGAGGUCACCUACUCCAGUGGCAGUAAAUGUUUUAGCUGUACGUCAGCGGCCGAGAGAGAUAAGUGGAUGGAAAACCUGCGCCGAACAGUCCAGCCAAAUAAGGACAAUUGUCGCCGGGCAGAAAAUGUGCUGCGGUUGUGGAUUAUUGAGGCUAAAGACCUGGCCCCUAAAAAGAAGUACUUCUGCGAGCUUUGCCUGGACGAUACACUUUUUGCACGCACCACGAGCAAGACAAAAGCUGACAAUAUCUUCUGGGGGGAGCACUUUGAGUUUUAUGGCUUGCCUUCACUACACAACAUUACUGUGCACAUCUACAAGGAUGUAGACAAGAAGAAAAAAAAGGACAAGAACAACUAUGUAGGUCUGGUCAACAUUCCCAUGGCCAGUGUGACUGGGCGACAGUUUGUUGAGAAAUGGUACCCUGUCAGCACACCUACUGCAAAUAAAGGCAAGACUGGGGGACCUUCUAUCCGAAUUAAGUCUCGAUAUCAGACAAUCACUAUUUUACCUAUGGAACAGUACAAAGAGUUUGCAGAGUUUAUUACUAUUAAUUACACUAUGUUAUGCUCUGUGCUUGAACCAGUGAUCAGUGUCCGGAACAAAGAAGAGAUGGCCUGUGCACUUGUGCACAUUCUGCAGAGCACUGGAAGAGCCAAGGAUUUCCUAACCGAUUUGGUGAUGUCAGAGGUGGACCGCUGUGGAGAUCAUGAAGUCCUAAUCUUCAGGGAGAAUACACUAGCCACCAAAGCCAUUGAAGAGUAUUUGAAGCUGGUUGGCCAGAAAUACCUUCACGAUGCACUUGGGGAGUUUAUCAAGGCUUUGUACGAAUCUGAUGAAAACUGUGAGGUAGAUCCAAGUAAAUGUUCUUCAAGUGAACUGGCUGAACACCAGAGUAAUUUGAAGAUGUGCUGUGAGCUCGCCUUCUGUAAGAUCAUCAAUUCCUACUGUGUAUUUCCUAGGGAGCUAAAGGAGGUGUUUGCCUCUUGGAAGCAGCAAUGUAUUAACCGGGGAAAACAUAAUAUCAGUGAACGUCUAAUCAGUGCAUCUCUCUUCCUACGAUUCCUCUGCCCAUCAAUCAUGUCUCCAAGCCUCUUUGGCCUGAUGCAGGAAUAUCCUGAUGAUCGCACCUCUCGAACGUUGACACUUAUUGCCAAGGUUAUUCAGAAUCUUGCCAACUUUGCCAAGUUUGGUAACAAAGAGGAGUAUAUGGCUUUUAUGAAUGACUUCCUGGAGCAUGAGUGGGGUGGGAUGAAACGCUUCCUCCAGGAGAUCUCCAACCCAGACACCAUCUCAAACACGCCAGGGUUUGAAGGUUACAUCGACCUUGGUCGGGAACUUUCUGUCCUGCACAGCCUCCUGUGGGAAGUGGUGUCACAGCUGGAUAAGGGUGAAAAUUCCUUCCUACAGGCGACCGUGGAGAAACUGGGACCCCUCCCACGCAUCCUAACUGACAUCACCAAGUCACUGACGAAUCCCACCCCUAUCCAGCAGCAGCUUAGACGAUUCAGUGAGCACAGCUCAACCCCCAAUGUAAGUGGCAGUCUUUCAUCUGGACUUCAGAAGAUAUUUGAAGAUCCUGCUGACGGUGACUUGCUGAAGUUGAAGUCUCCCAUUAUUGACAGUACAGAUGGAUACUUCAGGGGGAAAACGCUACUUCUUGUACAGCAGGCAUCCACCCAAAGUAUGUCCUACUCUGACAAGGACGAAAGAGAAAACGUUUUGCCCAAUGGACGUAGUGUUUCAUUGAUGGACCUGCAAGACCCAAACGUUAACCAUAGUGAGCGCUCCUCUAUUGUUCAGGAGCCACCACUCCGAUUGACUGGCAGCCAGUUGUCUAUUGCACAUGUAACCACCAUUAAACAAUUACGAGAAAACCAGAGCACCCCGCAAAGUGCUCCACAAGUCAGGAGACCCUUGCAUCCAGCCUUGAGUCAGCAAAGCAGCUUGCAGCCUCUGUCAUUCCAAAAUCCCGUGUAUCACCUCAACAAUCCCCCACAAACCUUACCCAAGGCUUCUGUGGACUCUAGCCUAGAGAAUCUCAGCACUGCCAGCUCUCGAAGCCAGAGCAACAGUGAGGAGUUCAUUCUGAGCGGGCCAAGCAAUAGCAGCAUGGAGGAUUUCACUAAAAGGAGCACUCACAGUGAGGACUUCACAAGAAGGCACACCAUGCCUGACAGGCCUGUCCCUAUAGCUUUGCCACGGCAGAAUAGUACAGGUCAGGCACAGAUUCGUAAGACUGAUCAGGCUGCUCUUGGAGCUCGGGCAAAAGCCCCCCCACAAUCCUUGCCACACAGUGCCUCAAUACGCAGCACAGGGAGCAUGUCUGGCAUAUCUGCUACUUUGCUAGCAGAACCUGCACAGAACGGAAGCAGGUCCAGGCAACAAUCUACUUCUUCUCGUGAGAGUCCUGUCCCGAAGCUAAGAGCAAUCCACCGCCAGCAGACUCAGCAGGUACAGUCACCUGUGGACUCCACAACAAUGUCCCCAGUUGAAAGGACAGCUGCCUGGGUACUGAAUAAUGGCCAAUAUGAGGAUGAGGAGGAGGAGACCGUAGAUCAAAACAAGGAUGAAUCUAAACCUGCUGAGAAGUAUGAACAAGAGAUUGCCAAGUUGAAGGAGAGACUGAAAGUUUCAAGUCGCCGCCUGGAGGAAUACGAGAGACGUCUUGUGGUGCAGGAGCAGCAGAUGCAGAAGCUGUUAAUGGAAUACAAAUCUCGACUAGAGGACAGUGAAGAGAGGUUACGUCGGCAGCAGGAGGAGAAGGACAGCCAGAUGAAAAGUGUCAUCAGCAGGCUAAUCGCUGUAGAGGAGGAACUGAAGAAGGACCAUGCCGAGAUGCAGGCUGUUAUUGAUGCAAAGCAAAAGAUUAUUGAUGCGCAGGAAAAGAGGAUCAUGUCACUGGAUGCAGCCAACACGCGGCUAAUGAGUGCGCUGACGCAGGUGAAGGAGCGCUAUAGCUCACAAGUUCGCAAUGGAAUCUCGCCUACGAAUCCCACCAAGCUGUCCAUUACAGAGAACGGAGAAUUUAAGAACAGCAGUUGCUAAUCUACACCCAGGACUCUGCCACCUCUCAGACCCAAUGCUGCUAAACCAAAUGACUAGCGACACCGAACCUACAAUACUACACAGAUAUAUGGACGCACGAAACCUGACAACGCCUUUUGCGAUAUGGAUACAAACCAUGCCGCUUUGUAUAUAAAGUGAAUGCAUUUGUGCUCUGUACAGAAAUGUAACAUACCAAAUGGAAAUUAAUAAUAUGUUAGAUUUUUUUUUUUAUAUAUAAAUAUAUAUAUAAAGAGAAAAAAAACGAAAUGUUAAAAAAAAAAAAAAAAUCCAUAUUUUUUUAUUUGCCUAUCUUCCCAAUGGCAGAACUGCUAAAUAUAAAAUUGUUGAAGGAGCUGUACAUAUUGCACCAAUCUGCACGGGUUACAUUGCUAUAUAGACCGCAAGCAAUAAUGAAGUGUGAAGGAGGGUGAGCCCUCCUGCCCCCUUACUCAUUGUCUUAACCUUUAGAGUUGUAAAUGACACACAUAACUCAAGGGGUUAUAUGAAGCCUUGUAUUGCCCGGUCCUCAUAUUGGUAUUGAGUUUAGGUUACCUCUAUGGGGGAACUGCUUUGCAGUAUUUUACAGUCGUCUGUGAUAGCAAAUAGGUUAAAUAGAUAUAUAUUAUAAUAGAACACUAACAAACCGCUGCAUACUGGGGUAGAAUGCAGUGAGUGGUCUUUACAUUUCUUCUGCUUUUAGCACGAUAUCCCAACGAAACUCAGUACUUGGAAUCAUUUUAGAAUACAUGUUUAUUUUGUUGGUUUUUUUUUGUUUCUUUUUUAGUAAUGUUUUGGAGUUUACAGAUCUGUAUAUAUGUAUAUUUGGUUGUAAAAUGUAAUUAUACUGUUCACAUUUAUGAUAAAACAAUCACUGUACACUUUCAGUGGGGUGGGGUGAGAGGGGUAUAAAGGUCACUUCUUAAACACACUAUAGGGCAAUCUGAAAUCCCCCAGAUUGUUCAGGUUGUAAAUCACAUCCCUCCAAGACACCCAAGGAAGCUGGCGGGGAUGAGGGGAUGAAUGUUAUGGUUUAAGGAGCACUGAGGUCAAAAUGUAGGUGAACUAUAAUGGUGGUAACCAUUCACAACACAGUUUAGCUAGACUAACCGUUUAACUCUGCCAGAGGAAUAGAUAAACAAUGGAUCAUGGGGCUAGAGCAGGCAUAGGCAGCCUUCGGCACCGCAGAUGUUUUGGACUACACCUCCCAUGAUGCUUUUCCAGCAUUAUGGGUGUAAGAGCAUUAUGGGGGAUGUAGUCCACAACAUCUGGAGUGCCGAAGGUUGCCUAUCCCUGGGCUAGAGGAUUUAAACAGAUGCUUUUGAGAGGCUCUAUGUAUUUCUUCUUAUAUCUUGUUGUUUUAUCCAGAGGCUUAUAAGGGGACACAGUGCAUUAGACAGCUCUCCAUAGACUAAAAUAGAGAAUUGUGACCCAAUAUGGCGAUUUUUAGCGUGGAGAAAUCCAUUCAGCAUCUCCAGUGCUGGCAGUAUAUCCUGCAUACGCUAAAGCUGCGCAGCUGUGGAUUUACUUGUUUAUAUGCAUAAUGCCAACAGGCCAGGACCUGGAGGAUUCUUACAAAUUUAGUAUUUGUCCAAUUUGUUUUUUUAUUCUCAUUAUACCAAAUGGUAGAAGCAAUAACCUAUGUGGAAACAUGUUACGGCAAUCGGCUUUUGUAUAUAAAGAGCAGUUAGUGCAAGAUAUCCUCCUGUUAAAUGCCAUGGGGAGAGUUCUAGAGAACUUAUCUCAUUGCAGCUGCUAAUGACAAGUAUGUCAGCAUGAUGGGAGGAGCUGAAAGGGAAGUUGUACAUUCUUGUAGUGGAGGCUAAAAUUUUAUCUAGAAAUAAAAUCUUUUCAGGAUGCAUCAGUUCAAUUCACAUAUCUAGCAGAUACAUAUUUAUUCUUACACUAAGACCAUCAUUCUUUAUAACAUUUGCCGACUGCAAUAUCUGAUACAGCUUUCCAACCAUUAAUGUGUCAAUGCGCAUGUAUGAGUAACACCACAUAAACAGGUCCUCCAAGCAAUUCUACCCAUCCCAGAUUCAAAUCUUGUAUUAAUUUGGGGUGCCAUAGGUUAGUGCUGGAUAAAGCGGUAUUGUUCUCCAGCCUCAUUUCUGUAUUGCAAAAUACAACAGCAUAGCUUAUACGUUGCUCACUAAACAAAGAAAUGUAUCAAACUAGUUCUAUAGUAGAAACUCUGUUCAGAGUUAUUCACUGAAUCUAAAUUCAAAGAGAAUUGACAAGUAAUGCAAAUUUUUAUGCCACAAUAACAGACCGACAAUUCCCAGUUUAGUGAAUAAAACGGAGUGAUUGUACCAUUUGCUAUGCACUGUAAUUUCAUGAUGCUCUCUGUUUCUCAGCUGAAACUAUUGGUAUCGGAUGUCAGAGGGUUAAGAAUAGUGCAAGUUUACAAAUUCAGGGUAACUUUAACUGUAGAUUUCAGUGAACUUGUCCACCGAGGCACCAUGUUUUUAUGUUUUUCCUCCUGACAUUUAAACGAAUUCCAUGAUGUGAUCAUUUAUGCUGAAGACUGAGAUAUUAUCUGUACUUUGGCUUACUCUGGUCAUUUCAGACAUUAGUUAAUCUACCAUGCAACCUUCCAGUAGUUAUAUUUGAAGUCAUUUCAGUGCCAUGUUCUGAGCACUUUAAGGGUUAAUAAACAUAAUAAACACCCCAUUAUUUUUUUUUCUUUCCUAAAUUCCUCCACAUAUACCACAACUACAAUUUGAUACCAACCAUUCUUUUAAAAGGGCUAAUCUAAGAGUGUUCACGAAUUGAGACUGCUGAUUGAAUUGAAUUGAGAGAAAAUAUGUACUCAACUAAUGAGGUUUUAUUUAUUUUAUUAUUAUUUUUUUUAAUCUCUCCCUCCAUUUCUCUCCAUUCUUUAGGAAUAAUUUUGCCACUGUGACAUCCAGGGAUUUUAUGGAUUAAAAAAAAAAAAAAGUGUUUUUUUGAACCAUUAAGAAAAUUAGAUAUUUUAAUAAUGUUAAUCUACAAUAAAAUGGAAUUCUGUAUUUAAUAAA